AUGCACCAAGGCGAUCAAUUUAGUCACACUGUACUUCCAAGGGCUCACACCUUUGGGCUUGGGAAUACUGAUACCUUCUUGCCCCACAUCCAGCAGCUUUUCGAGGUUAAAGGAGUCACUUCAACGGUUGGCGCUACAUACGAAGUCAUCGAUACAAAUGAUCCCAUCCGCACCGGAGAGCGCCUCAUGGCCGACCUUUCCUAUGCCGUGCUGCCAACCCUGGCCGUUGGGAGUAGCAACGACCUCAUUUACUGCAACUUGGGCUGCAGUCGUCGCGUUUCCCGGCAUGCAGCAAGUAGAGUCACCUGCGAGACUGGCUGGUCUCUCGAUGUCUGUUGCUGUAACGAGUCUUGCAAAGACGAAGGCCAAGCGCGUCACGACUUUGGAUGCGUCUGGCUGAAGAAGUACAGGCCCGUUCUUCCCCAGGAACCCGAUGCUCACGAUUACUACAUGCCUUGGAUCGUCGUCCUGCUCCUUGCAGCACGGUACCUCGAGCUUCAGGGCACCACGCCAACCAAUCUCCACCAGCAGUCCAUGUACCAAUAUUUCUUCGUUAGCGGCUGGAAGAGCAUCCAGCCCCUUAGAGACAACCGUGACUCACGGCCCCCAUCCCAGAUUCAACACUGGUCCACUCUGGCUGAAACGUAUCUGCUACAAGCCUUCUUCCUCCCACAGACCCUUGAUCUCGAUACCCUAUUCGACCUGAUCUGCGCUCAUGAAACAAGCGUCUCGGAAAAAAUCUUUUUUUAUACUAUGAUCAUCCCACAUCAAUCUCCGGGCGUCCAGCGCGGCAAGCAAUACGGCCCAGCUGUGUUCUUGCGGAUCACGCUCGCCAAUCACUCUUGCGCGCCCAAUGAGUUGUUCACUUUCACGUGUACGUGCCCGAGGUGUUUGCAGGAUGAACAGGUCCAAAAUUUGUGGGAUGCGUUUUGUGAUACGUCGUUUUUGCGGGCUUAA